GAGCGGAGGGCUCGCUCGCCGGGGCCGCCCCGGCGUCUCUUCAUCGCGGGCGCUGGAGCCGCCAUCUUAGAUGGCGGGAGUGAGAGGAGAGCGAGCUUGAGGCGGGAAGGCUUCCCCGCGGCUCUCCUUGGGCCCCCCGAAAGGGCCAGCUGGCCGGGCUUUGGGGCGUGUGCCCUGAGGCGCGGAGCCCGAGUGCGACGAUGCGGGGGCUUCCCGGGGCCCCGUCCCCUGGCUUGGGGACGCGCCGAAUGUGACCGCCUCCCGUUCCUUCGCCCGCCGCAGGGAGGAGGAGCGGACGCGAAGCCGCCGCCGGACGACUAGACGGACGCAGGGGCGGCCGGGCUCCCUCAGGUUUGAGCAUUAUUUCAGCUGCAUCAAUGGAGCACAUACAGGGGGCUUGGAAGACGAUCAGCAAUGGUUUUGGAUUCAAAGAUGCAGUGUUCGAUGGCUCCAGCUGCAUCUCCCCUACGAUAGUUCAGCAGUUUGGCUAUCAGCGUCGGGCGUCAGAUGAUGGCAAACUCACAGAUUCUUCUAAGACAAGCAACACUAUCCGUGUGUUCUUGCCAAAUAAGCAACGAACAGUGGUCAACGUGCGAAAUGGCAUGAGCUUGCAUGACUGCCUAAUGAAAGCGCUCAAGGUGAGGGGCCUGCAGCCGGAGUGCUGUGCUGUGUUCAGACUGCUCCAUGAACAUAAAGGUAAAAAAGCGCGUUUAGAUUGGAACACGGAUGCCGCCUCCUUGAUUGGAGAAGAACUUCAAGUAGAUUUCCUGGAUCACGUUCCCCUCACCACACACAACUUUGCCCGAAAGACGUUCCUGAAGCUUGCCUUCUGUGACAUUUGUCAAAAGUUCCUCCUCAAUGGAUUUCGAUGUCAGACUUGUGGCUACAAAUUUCAUGAGCACUGUAGCACCAAAGUACCUACUAUGUGUGUCGACUGGAGUAAUAUCAGACAACUCUUAUUGUUUCCAAACUCCACCAUUGGUGAUAGUGGGGCCCCAGCACUACCUUCUUUGACGAUGCGUCGGAUGCGAGAAUCUGUUUCCCGGAUGCCUGUUAGUUCCCAGCACAGAUACUCCACACCCCAUGCCUUCACGUUCAACACCUCCAGUCCCUCCUCAGAAGGUUCCCUGUCCCAGAGGCAGAGGUCGACGUCCACACCUAAUGUCCACAUGGUCAGCACCACCCUGCCUGUGGACAGCAGGAUGAUUGAGGAUGCAAUUCGAAGUCACAGUGAAUCAGGCUCACCUUCAGCCCUGUCCAGCAGCCCCAACAAUUUGAGCCCAACGGGCUGGUCACAGCCCAAAACCCCUGUGCCAGCACAGAGAGAACGGGCACCAGGAUCUGGAACGCAGGAGAAAAACAAAAUUAGGCCCCGUGGGCAGAGAGAUUCCAGCUACUACUGGGAAAUAGAAGCCAGCGAAGUGAUGCUCUCCACUCGGAUUGGAUCUGGCUCCUUUGGAACUGUUUAUAAAGGCAAAUGGCACGGAGACGUUGCAGUGAAGAUCCUUAAGGUCGUCGACCCAACCCCGGAGCAGCUGCAGGCCUUCAGGAACGAGGUGGCUGUCCUGCGCAAAACACGGCAUGUGAACAUCCUGCUCUUCAUGGGGUACAUGACAAAGGACAACCUGGCAAUUGUGACCCAGUGGUGUGAGGGCAGCAGCCUCUAUAAACACCUGCACGUCCAGGAGACCAAGUUCCAGAUGUUCCAGUUAAUUGACAUCGCCCGUCAGACAGCGCAAGGCAUGGACUACUUGCAUGCAAAGAAUAUCAUUCACAGAGACAUGAAAUCCAACAAUAUAUUCCUCCAUGAAGGCCUAACGGUGAAAAUUGGAGAUUUUGGUUUGGCAACAGUAAAAUCACGGUGGAGUGGCUCCCAGCAGGUUGAACAACCUACCGGCUCCGUCCUGUGGAUGGCUCCAGAGGUGAUCCGAAUGCAGGAUAACAACCCCUUCAGCUUCCAGUCUGACGUCUACUCGUAUGGCAUCGUGUUGUACGAGCUGAUGACGGGGGAGCUUCCCUACUCCCACAUCAACAACCGGGAUCAGAUCAUCUUCAUGGUGGGCCGGGGGUAUGCCUCCCCGGAUCUGAGCAAGCUGUACAAGAACUGCCCGAAAGCGAUGAAGAGGCUGGUGGCUGACUGCGUGAAGAAAGUUAAGGAAGAGAGGCCUCUUUUCCCCCAGAUCCUGUCCUCCAUCGAGCUGCUCCAGCACUCUCUGCCGAAGAUCAACCGCAGCGCCUCUGAGCCAUCCCUUCACCGGGCAGCCCACACUGAGGACAUCAAUGCCUGCACGCUGACCACGUCCCCGAGACUGCCCGUCUUCUAGGGACUGCACCUGCGCUCAGGCCGCCGGGGCAGGUAGGGGCGUCCGCAGGCACCACUGCUCUGCUCCCUUUCUCGGGGCAGAGCGCAUGUCUUCAGAGAAGCUGCUGCUAAGGACCUUCCGGACUACUCACUGGGCCUUAACGUCACGUUGCCUUCUUUUCUACCCUUUCUGGCCCUGGGAGAAGGAAGCCAUUCACCACUCUGGCCUGUCCCGCUCUCCCCCUCGUUCUCGGGAGCGCGCAGAGCCCAGCCUUCUCCGGCUGCCUAAGUAGAUACAGAUGGCAAUACAGGAGGCGGCCGCGCUGUCAGCUCAGUGAGUCGCCUUGAGAGGAAGCUUACGCCAAGGGGAAGUCCAGGCAGCCGGCCAGCCCUCUGGUGGGAGGAUGCAUGGAGGUGCCGUCAGCUCCUGAGAGGAAGCGGCUCGCAGCAGGGACGCCGUCAGAGCUGGUGUAGCCCAGUUUUGCACAUACUGCACCAGACAGCCCAGGACUGCCCGGAGGAGCCUGCUUCGGUACUACGGAAGGUGACUGGGGACAGCCUGUGCGGGCCCAGCGCGCUGGGACGGCUUUCCGAGCGAGGCCCUCGGCCUGCCCUCCCCAUCUCCACCCUCUCAGGGAGCAGUCUUCCGUCAUGCUGAAUUUCGUCUUCCAGGAGCUGCCCCUAUGGGGCGGGCUGCACAGCCAGCCUUGUCUCGACUCAUAUCAAUGUGUAUGCAAGGAAGCCAGUAAUAAGAGGUUUUCUUGAUGAUUUGGGUUUUAAUUUUGUUUUUAUUGCGCCUGACAAAAUACAGUUAUCUGAUGGUUCCUCAAUUAUGUUAUUUUAAU